GCUCACGUCUCGUUAGUCGUCCCCCGUCGACUGCCGCGCGCACACGGUCGGUAGCUGAUAAAUUCAAUUUCGCGCCGCGUGUGUUCGAAUUUUGAAUUUGUGUUUUUUUUUUAUUUUGUCUGUGUGCAGUGCAAGGAUUUAAUUGCAUCGAGCAAAGAGAAACUACCACAAAGGAGCUCAACAUAACAUUGACUCGCAUGCACCCAGACAGCUAGCGGUCGCUCAACACCGGGGUCUAGAACCCUUAGCACCAACAUGAGAGCGCUUACGCUCAGCGUUGCUUUACUGGCCGCGCUUACCACUUCUCUAGCACAGUCAGAUGAUACCAAAGAAACUGUAGAAAGCGCGAGCUCAUCAAGCAGUUCUGAUGACGAGUCCAAAGAGGCGUGGAUGCGGGCGCCCGCGGGGACGGUAGCGGUGCGCAGCGGGGAGGACGCUCUCCUCACCUGCGUGGUGCUGGGGGCGAGAGGCAAGCCAGUACUGUGGCGGAGGGCGAGGGACUCUUCGCUGCUGACGGCUGGCGGCGUGAGAGUGACGAGGGACGAGAGGGUGAAAGUGCUGCACGAUGAUGCAGAUGAACCUCUCCAAGGCCCAGGGAUCAGAAAAGGUGGUGACGUGUGGGCACUCGUCAUUAAGUCGGUGAAGUCUUCAGACGCAGGGCUAUACACCUGCGAGCUGAACACUGAACCGCCUGUGAGGAGCUUCCAUAGACUCACAGUUAUAUCCCGAGGCUUAACGCCACCAGAAGCGCAGAAUGCAACAGACUCGUACUCAGCAAACAACCCCACUCUUUCCACUCUGGCUCUGUCCCACAACUACACGGAUUGCUGCAUCAGCGCCAACGUGUCAAGAGGAUGUCUCGGCUUCUGCAGUAUCCAGACUAUUUUAGAAGGAACGGGGCAGGAUCCGGAGACAUGUCAACCAGACUUCCCAGCAAUUGUUAAAUGCAUGGCGGAUGGUCGCAACCAUGUCCCAUGCUGUGUGCAGGAACAUGUACCAGAUAUCUGCCAGGAUGUCUGCCGCGGAGAGUUCACGCCAGUCACAGAUAAUAUUAAAACGCACUAUAGUUGCGCAGCGUACAUGGAGAAGACAUUAGCGUGCAUUGUAGAAGGAAUUGAACUGCUUCCAAGCCCGCCAGAAGACGUUGAAGUGGAACCCUUAAGCGAAAAACAACUGAAUAUCACGUGGAGCCCGCCAUUGGAAAACACAGAAACGGUCACAGAAUACAUAGUUAAUGUAACCACACUCCGGUCGUUUGAUGCCCACUUAAUAGAUCCCUCUGAGAGUUCAAUGCGUAACACAAGCAUGAAAAUGAGCCAGCCAAUGACUUACAAAGUACCAGCGAAUAAGACCUUCUUGGUAUUAAAUGACUUGCUACCGUUUACGAUGUAUGAGAUAUCAGUCACUUCGUAUAAUAUUCAUGGAUCCAGUCUACCAAGCUACAGCAUCAGAUCGCUAACCCUGACUCCUGGUAAAAUGAAGACCACAGCAGUAGCUUCAGCUCCAAAGCUACCAGAUGUCAGAAGUUGCUGUCUCUCAGCUGGGAUCAAUCACUACGGGUGUGUGGACAAGCUCUGCGACCCCACUAAAACAUUUGAGAUAGGCUUGCAGGUGACAGAUCUGAUGAUAUGCGCGCCGUGGGCUGGAGUCACCUUUGGAUGUCUCGCUAACGGCAUGGACCAUACGCCGUGCUGCCGCGCCAGGGGCCUGCCUGAAGCCUGUCUUCCCUUGUGCAGUGGAAAUAUUACUAAUUUGGACUUUAAUCAUUUUAAAUGUCUCCGCUUCAUGACCGGCUACACCAACUGCCUGCUGCAAGGCUACGGCGUGCUGCCGGGUCCGCCCACGCGCCUGCACCUCACCAAUAUAGAUACAGACUUCGCGGUGGUGCACUGGGCGCCGCCCAAUGCUCUCGCAGACACCGUACAGUUCUAUAACUUGCAUUAUAAGGCGCUGCAACUGGAGGAAGACUACAAAACUGUGGAGAGGGUUCAAUCACCCUUCAUCUUAGAAGAUUUGGAAUCGAAUACUGACUACGAGAUAUUUGUCGAAGCGGUCAAUGAACACGGCCUAGGGGAAGCUUCACCUAGACUUAUAUUCAGGACUCAGAGUUUGGCAUUAGAAGAUGAAGAAGAGGUGUCAAACGCGUACAACGUGACGGCGUGUUGUGAGAAGGUGCAAGUGGCGACCGUCUGCAUGCCACUCUGUUCGUAUGAUGCAAAAAUGUCCGACCUUCGGACGCUCGCGCCGCUGUGCGCGCAGGAGUUCCACAAGCUAUUGCGUUGCGGGGCUGGAGGCCGUAACCACGAGGCGUGCUGCGCGCGCCGCGGCGUGCCCGCCUCGUGCCGCGGCGUGUGCGCCGGCGCGCCGCGUGGCAGCGUCAACUCCUGCGUGUCUUAUGUUGGCAACAUCGUGCAGUGCUUCGAGGAGGGCACCGGAAUACUCCCCGGACCGCCUCGAGAACUCCAUGCGGUGGUUAAUCACGACAAGCUGUUCCUGGACUGGGCUGCACCUCAAGACGGCGCCAAUGCAACUUCGUACGUCGUCCAUUGGCAGAAGGUCGAUAAUAACUCGCAGCCCUACUACUAUAACACUCUGCAAUUGGACAAUAAAAUGAACGUGACUCAAACCAUGGCGCGGCUUGAAGGUUUGGAUGUCAAUAGCACUUACCACGUGUUUGUGGUUGCGGCGAAUGAUUUUGGAACAUCCCUACCAUCUAGUAUGCUGCUGCUAAAUAUUACUGAAGAUACAGAAAACAAAGAGGUAUCGGGUAUCCCGUCUCCCCCCCACUCGCUCUCGGUUGCUUCCCACUCGGCGACAUGGCUCGCCCUGAGUUGGCAACCACCACAGUUCUCACAGCCUGAUGAGAAAAUCACUUAUACAUUGUUCUUCAAGUCUCCAACCCAGCUGGGCACGGGCAACGUGACCAAAAUUACCACAACCGUACCGGGCCAUACGCUGGAGAAACUAAGUCCGAAUACGCAAUAUGUAGUAUGGGUGACGGCACACGCGGUUGCUGGUGACUCGCUGCCCUCGGAGACACUCUUGGCCUGGACUGACCCAGCUUACCCUGCGUUUGUUGAACCCCCAACCAUAAACCCCGUAAACCUGGUGGUGGAAGGUUCCAGCAUGACAAUCCUGUGCAUCGCGAUGGGAACACCGACACCAACAAUUUCGCUGUACAUCUCUGGCCGCCUCGUCCGCCAAGAAGUGACACGUCACAUGGUGACGGUGAUCCACAACGUGACGCGUGACAUGUCGCAAGUGUCCUGCUACGCAGACAACGGCUAUGGCACGCCGAUGCAGGCGUCACGCAGGAUCAAUAUAUCGCAUGUCCCAACCAUCCAAGCAUCUGGUAUAACAAUGGCCGCCGCUGGCGACUCAGUGAUACUCGAGUGCCGCGUGGAAGCACUUCCCAAACCCACAGUAGCGUUCUGGAGAGACCCCAGCGGUAGGACGCCUGUUAUCGACGGACCUAACUACAGUAUACAAUUGCUAUCCGACCCUGAGGAAUCAACAAAGUACACAAUGCGCCUUAUCAUAAAGAAGAUAACAGAAACAGACGAGGGCGACUACUUCUGCCACGCGGAGAACGCCUUCGGGAAGACCCUAAGACCAGUGUCAGUACGGCUGCGCACUGCUCCUCAUCAUAAUGUCACUGAAUGCUGCACUCAGAUGAACGUAUCAUCAACGUGCAUAGAUGCGUGCAGCUUCCACCUUGAUAUGGACAAUAUAAUGGACCGGCCGGAAUGUAUGGAUGAUUUCGAGAAACUUAUGAAGUGUGCUGCCGAUGGCUCAGACCACCGUGGCUGCUGCGCAUCCUGGGGCGUGCCUCGCAACUGCCUGGAGUUGUGCCGCGGCGGGCCGGUGUCGCGCACGUGCGCGCUGCAGCACGCGAGGCGCGCGCUCGCUUGCUUCAGGGAUGCGGGGGCUAAACUGCCGGGACCUCCUAGGAACUUGAAGGCACAUGUUGCUCCUACGCCGCACGCUGUUUUGUUGAGCUGGGAUGCUCCAUUGAAGAACCCGCAAACAGUUUACCUGUACAGAGUGUUCUGGCGUGCAUACGGCGCCAAAGUGCCUGAGAAACUGGACACCAGCGAGACCAGCGUGGUGCUCACCGGCCUGCAGGACGACGUCCGGUAUGAGUGCGUGGUGAAGGCUGCUAAUGAUGUUGGAACAUCGUCCCUCAGCCAGUCCAUAAUGUUCACGACAGCGGGGCAGGAGACCGGCGCCGCAGCCGCGCCUGUCGGCGGCUCCAGCACCGCGUCAGCUGUUGGCGGCGCCGUCGCCUGCAUACUCGUCGCCGCUAUCCUGCUCUCUGCUGGACUGUAUUAUAGGCAUCGGAAGAAUCUGCGACUCAAAGCUCAAGGAGGAGUUGCUUUUGAAAAUCCCAGCUAUUUGAGAGAACCAAAUCCAGAUACUGUUGUCAAUGGUACAGUACCAAAUGGUAACACCGCAAAUGGAGGUAACGGUGUAGCGAACAGUAUAUCAAACAGCACAGCGUGGAGGCAGGAGACGCUCCAGAAUCCCAGUACGGCGAUCCCAACUGCGAGGGAAGUGGACCCCACGUUGUACGAGGAGCUUAAGCUCGGGCAGGACGGGGCCGGGUUCAAAAGACUGAAAUAGCCCUCGGUUCGCCGCUCGCCGCUCCGCUCGCCGCGGCUGUCGUCGCCGCGCGUCGCGCCGGAGUACUGAGCGGCGGCACGCCACGCGCGCGCUUAUAUAACCUCGGUGUCACUGUUGAUGGCGGGUACCUGCUAUUUUUCAUAGUGAAAUAACAGACGAAACGUUUUUGGUGUGAUAAUAAAUAAUAAUCCUUACGCUACAUUUUUAGCGCGUGAUUUUAUCAAAAUUGUGGGUAGAAUGAAAAUUACGAAUUAAAAUUUCCAUUACACGUCAUGACGGCAAAAUUGUGAUUGCAGUGCAGGAUUGAUUAUAAUAUAUACUGUAUUUCUUUUUGUAGGUAUUUCUCUUUUAGAAAUUUUCUGAUACUUUGUUAGCAUUUUCCCUCAAAUUAAUUAAGAAUUUUAUUUUAUCACAAGUGAUGCAAACAGCGUGGUAAGAGCGGAGCUUAGUAAAUAGAAAUGCAAUUAUAUUUCCCAUAGUAAAUGUGAUUAAAACCAAAAAUAAGAUGUCUAUAUAUUUAAAUAUUAUCUUUCUUCUGCAUAAGCGGAUAUAGCAAAUACGCAAAAUUAAAGCAAUAAUUGCAGCUUGUCAAAAAUUGCAAACCCAAAAUAAGUUAAAUACCUUCACUAAGGGCAGUUUCACACGGUUAUCCCAAAUAUUCCGACGUGAAUAGUCAGUGUGAAACGGUCUUUAAAAAAAUGUAGAUAUGUGAUGAGUUGUAAAAAUAUAUUAGAUCGUUCUUUAAAAAAUGUGCCUUCGAACAAUAUAUAGUAGAAUAAAUGUAUAAUAACGUAUAUAUUAGUGACUAUCGGCCUGUUAUUGAUCGAAUAUUGUAAAUAAUACAUUCCAUAGAAUGUAGGAUUAGUUCGAAACGGGUGAAGUUGAAUCUUGUUUUGUUCUAAUACGAAUUUAUUUUAAGAAUCAUUAUUUCCCCAUUUUCAUUGAUAGUUACCUCUUUUCAGUAUACUGAGUUUUCACCCGCUGCGCAUGCGUGAAAUAUAAAUUUGUAAAAUAUAUUGGAAGAAGGAGAUCAUAAUAUGUUUUCUUUGAUCACAUCUUAGCUUAUCAGGCGAGAUCGUGAUCAAGCUUUACCCCAUUACACCACCAAAAAGUUGUUAAUGGAAUUGUUCAUAAAACAUAUAAGCAGCAAAGUUGAUGAAAUUUUACGCAGUACCCCUUCUCCCAUCCUUUGUAUCUUAAUAUUUAAUAUUUUACGCAUACGCAGCGUUAUAUUUUGGUGUGUUUGCUCAGAUAAAGAUUGUGAUUAUUAGUGUAUAAUAUUAGAUAAUUCUUGUAGGAUCUAGCAAAAGUUUUAGAUGCAUAAAAACGCGGGAUACAUUCAAAUAUAUAUACAUUAUAUUGCUGUCUCUAAAACUUUUACUGGAACAAUUAUUUAGGUAAGAAAGACCGAUGUGAUUAGAUUUGUAAAUAAUAAUAAAAAGUAUAAAUUAUUA